CGAUGCACCGGGUGGGUAGAGUUUUCUCUUGAGGACCAAUGGAAUUAAAGACAAUUCAGUAUGAAGAUAGGCAGGAACUGCUUCUCCAAUAGAAAUCUCCGAUAACGCUUGUAGGCGAUGUCAUGGCGACGUUGGCUAGCUAAGCUCAUAGAUGCGGUAAAAAAGUCAAUGAACCUGACCAAAACAAUGGAAUUGCCAUGGAAACGCGUGGGUGAAAGGGCGGUUGGGGAAACCGCAUCAUUACGGAGAAAUACGUCAUCGGUUCUAACGGUCGAAACGCACCGAACUGCGCAUGAGCAGUCCUUCAAUUCAAUGUAAAGUUGUUUUUGACAAAAAAUGAAAACGUGUCACUCUGUCACUUUCAGGAGGUUGGAGUAAUACCAUGUUCAACUACUUAAGACGUUGCCUCGAAUCUAGAAAAUUAACAACUAAGGAAUCAUUUUUUUCUUCUCUCACUGACUUCUGAAAACCCAAACCCCGGCCUGUUCAUCUUGUUCGGUCGAGCAAGCGUUCCCGAAAGUCUCGCGAUAUUGCAUCUCUGUGUUUGGAAACUCUGAUGGAAUUGUCUAACUAAGAAAACUCCAACUACCCGGGGUACCGGGCCAUGAAAAUCGAAUUCGACCAAUGUUGCCAGAAUUUACGUUAGAGCUGGUGCUCUUCUUAAGUCAGUUUUAGACUAGGGGGACUACUUGCCUGCUUGCCCUUGCUUCUGAAAUAAAUAAAUAAUGAGAUUGGCAGGGCCAAUGCGAGCUGUGGCUGUGCUGCUAUUGCUGGGCCUCACAUGGGUGUUAGCCAGCUCCAUACUUGGAGGGGACAGCAGCUCAUUGGUCAAACACUUCUUCAGUGGGACAAACGAGGAGCCAACAGCUGGUAUGUGGCAAGAGACCAAACCACGCAGGUACAAGUGUGGUCUGUCGGCUCCAUGUCCUCAGAAACAUCUGGCCUUCCGUCUUGUCUCUGGAGCCGCCAACGUCAUUGGGCCCAAAAUCUGCCUGGAGGAUAAGAUCCUUGUGAGCAGUGUCAAGAACAAUGUUGGCAGAGGGCUAAACAUUGCUUUAGUAAAUGGGGUAUCGGGAGAGCUCUUAGACACUAAAUCUUUUGAUAUGUGGGCAGGAGAUGUAACUGACCUGUUGAAGUAUCUACGGCCCCUACACGAGGGAACACUUGUGUUUGUAGCUUCCUUUGAUGAUCCUGCCACAAAGUUGAAUGAUGAGGCACGUCGUCUGUUUGAGGAGCUGGGUAGCACAGUAGUGAAGGAGCUCACCUUCAGAGACAGCUGGGUGUUUGUAGGAGCCAAGGGAAUCGAGAACAAGAGUCCUUUCGAACAGCGUAUGAAGAACAGUAAGAGCAGUAACAAGUAUGAAGGCUGGCCGGAGUCUCUCGAAAUGGACGGCUGUAUCCCCCUCCGUGCCCCCUUAGAGAAUUAAACACUCUCUGCAGGUACAUGUAUCCCUUCCUCCACUCUCUCCUAAUGAGUGCACACUCAUCAUCAUGGAUUUAACGAUGGUGGGACCCCUCCAGCCAAUGCUUAGGCCCGACACCGAUCCAAUGCUUUUAAUAACGGGGAGUGUGCAAGACAAGUGCACAUUUUGGGAGACGGGUGGAGUGUUGGAAUGCAGACAGUUUCUAAGGACUAGCACUUUUUGAGACCCAAUGUUUCUCUGGUUCUAAGGUUAGCAGCACAUAUCUAUUUGAGAAACUGUUGCAGCAGAAGCAUGGACGAUGAUCGUUUGACUUCCUCGAUUUCCAGGCUUCGUCGCGUUCAUUCUGAUUAGUGAGACUUGGGAUGGACUGGGACCAGAAUUAUAUAUUUUUUUCUUUCAUUGAGGCCCCUGUUAUUAGCCAAACAAUGAUCAUUUUGUGCAAAAACAACAAUUUAAAACAAGCCGACUGGUCUUAAGAUGGACCAGCCCAUCUGGCAUUUGUCAGAACUGCCUUAUGGCCAGUCUGUCCCUGAUGAGACUCAGGAGUAUGGUAUUGGUAAUGUAAGACAACAGUUAAGUUGGACAAAAAAUGCUCUGUUACAAAAUCAUGGAACUACAGGCUCCUACAAUACUUUUUCUGUUUUUGGUCAAGUAACACAUGCUGCAAAGGACAUCCCUUGAUUGAUGGGAAUCUCACUGUGACAAUGCUGGAGCUCAUUAGGCUAGCUUGACUGAUGGUUGAAGCAACUGUUUGCACUUGACAUCUGAACUUGGCAUUUAUUUAAUCAUUUGAGGCCUAAUAACUGCUGAAAUAACAGGUGACCACAGAUAGAGGAAAGGGAUAUUUCAGAGACCAAAUGUUUGAUGACCAAAUGCAUAGAAGUGGAAAAAGGUCAAAAAAAAAUACAUGUAAAUGCUUGAUGGAAAUGAAUAACUGAAACAAGUAAUGUCUGUUUAAAAAAAAAGAAGAGGCCAGAGAACACUGCCUAUCUGAAUGGACAUUGACCAGAAUACAAUUUAGGUAUAAUAGAUAGUAAGUAGUUUAUGAGCAAUAUGUUAUUGCUGGCUGUUCUAAGAUCUGUUUUGUGCUAAAUUAAGAUUCAAAUGCAUUCAUAUUUUGUACCCUAGGUUUAAUAUAGAAAAUUAACGAUUUCAAUUCAGUUGUGGCUGUCUGCUAUAGUGCCAACUCCUUGUCAUUCCUUGCCAUGUCAAGCAUUUGGCUUGACAAUGGGCAAGUGCAAUUGAGUUGCAAAGGGGCACAAACACAUCUGGGACCAGGCUAAAGUGCUGAAAAUUCCCACCUUUUAUAGAUAACUUGCUGUGCAGCAAUCAUUGUUUGUUUAGCAAAUGUAUACAGUGUCUUUGAGUAAUCUUGUGUAUUUGACGUGGAAUAGAACUAGUUUAGAAUCCUAAAGAAACUUGUUUUUACACCUCGUAGGCUAUAUUCAUGAAUUGUACACUAGAGUGACGACAUUAGUGCCUAAGAUAAAUAUAUUGUACUGUUAGGUAACAACACUUUCCACAUGUCUCAGGCCUUGUCUUUAUUUUGUUAUUUGUGUAACUUUAUUUGCAUUUUCAAAGACAAUCUCUUUCCCUGGAAGAAGUUUGAUAUUUAUCUCAGUUUCCUCCUCUUUGAAUUUGAUAGUAAAAUAUACAUGAUUUGUUGCAUUUAGAAUACACUGAAAACAAGCGAAGCAUAAUGUUUUAGGUUUUGGUCCAGAAAUAGAUAAAGUGCUAUGAAACCAAGUGUACUGUAGAAUUCUUAAUAUUCAUUUUUGUGACAAACUAUUUUGUAAGUUAUUAAAAGAUCUCAAUAUUCUCUGUGUGCUGUGCGGUUUAGCCUGAGUGCCAGUCUGUGCUAUCAUGCCAAAUCCUUGUCAAUGAUUGUCAUGGCUUGGCAAUGGAGUUGGCAAGAGCACAUACAGAUCUGGGACCAGGUUAGCUGUGGGUCAGUAAAUUAAAAUACUACCAAGAGUGUAUUUUAUAGGCAAUCCUUUUGUGAAGUAUGAGUGCAUGUAAAGUAUGUAUUUGGCAAUUACUGUCAUGCCUUAUGGGUUGAUGUAAGACAAUAUGAAAGAUUGAAUAAGCUCAUGUCAGCUGAACUUAAAGAAGAUCAGAUCGUAUGUAUCAAGUGUUGCUGAGUAGGAGUGCUGAUCUAGGAUCAGGUUCCCCUUGUCUAUGUUGGGCAAAACUGGUCCUAGAGCAGCACUCAUACUCUUUAGACACAUAACACAUACAGUACAGCCCCUGGUCCCUCCUGUCCAUGUAAUCUUGUGAAUUAUGCUUAAAAAAUAAAUCGAUCAGGACUCAGACGCUUGGUACAUGCAGCAGCCCUAGUCCUGUGGGAAAUUGUUCAUGUAUAAUGCCGCAUCAUGCUUCAGUCUUGCACUGUGCAGCGACAGCGGUCAUUUCAUUAGUACACCAGGGGGCGCCAAAAUACUUGUUAAUUUUGCACUUGAGCCUCUUUAUAGAUGGGUUGGUUGUUAAGCAACAAAACCAACGCGUGCGCAACUAUGGGACAAAAGGCGGUUGUCUUAGAUAUGUAAACUAUAUUUCGUCUCCAAUGUUUGAAAUUAACUUGCACUUGUCUCUCAAAUAAAUCGUUACAGUUGGUUGAA